AUGAAAAAAGCAAACGAGAUGACUGGUAAAAAUCCCAUGAGAACAAUCACCAACUGUGGUGAUUGUAAGGAUGAGAUGAGGCCGAACCUUACUUCGCCGGCGAUUGGAAGAAUAGAGCACAGUGUAGCUCAAGUUAUUGAUGUGGGAGGAUCCCUCUGUAAGCGGCAAUCGGUCUUUGCUUCGACACAAGAUUUCUUCACUACAGAUUUAGUGGAAGUGUCAAGAAAUCAAAGAAUGUGGGCUCGUGUAGGUAAACAAGUCUUGAUCAACAGUACCUGA